AUGGCACAAGUUGUCACCUGUCGGGUAAAAUUCACUCCUAUGCAACUUGAGUUUGUGGCAACUUUUGUGUACGCCUAUAAUGUUAAGGAAGAUAGAAAGAUGCUGUGGGAUCAUAUAAGUCAUCUAAGUGUAAAUCGAAAGGAGCCGUGGAUAAUAUUGGGAGAUUUUAAUGUCGUGUUGCAUCGAGAUGAUAGAAUGGGAGGAAAUCCAGUUACUCUAGCUGAGGUAACUGAUUUCCAAAACUGUAUCGAUAAUUGUGGGUUGGAGGAAAUGGCCAAUUCAGGGAACAAAUAUACCUGGAGCGACAAACAGGCUGCUCGGAUUUUUUCAAAAAUUGAUAGAGUGUUAGUCAAUGGUGAAUGGGUGGAUCAGAUGCCUACUAUAACUGCACAUGCAAAUCAGGAUAGAGAGGCAUUGAGGAGGGUCCAACGUCAACUGCAGCAGACCGCUUUGAAUGAUGCUAUACAAAGGGAGGAAAAUGAAUUAAAUGUUAAGUUCAGAAGAUCAGUCUUCUUGGCUGAAUCAUUAUUACUACAGAGGAGCAAAGCAACUUGGAUAAGGCAAGGAGACGAUAAUACCAAAUACUUCUUCUCUAUGAUUAAGAAGAGGAAGCUGAUUCAAACCAUCACUCAGAUUCAGGAUGAACAUGGGCAGCGACAGCAUGAACAAGCACAAGUAGUAGAGGUGCUUGUGAGGUAUUAUCAACAACUCUUGGGUGACUCUGGGGGCCCAAGGAAACCAGCCGAUAAUAGAAUAUUUGCGCAUGGACCUACGGUAUCAGCAGAACAGCAAUGGGGGCUACUUCAGCCAUUAACAUGCACGAGAUUAAGACAGCGAUGUUCAGUAUCAAGGACAACAAAAGCCCAGGCUCGGAUGGAUAUGGAGGGGGAUUUUAUAGAGCAGCGUGGGAUAUAG